AUAGAUGCGGCUGUGACCCAGGCUCUCUUGCACAAACACGCUCAGCGUAUGAUUACCCGUGACUUGGCGACUGAAGUGAUUUACUGUCUCUCUCCAACGCGCGCAUUGAAUCGCGCCUUGAACACGUUCAGUGUGAAAUCGACCACAAAACGCUUGGUUGUUGUUCUAGUCCGUGCACGGGACCCGGACGAGCCAGACCUCUGGGCCGCUUUGGAAACCUUGAUCCAAGGCACACCAAUGGAUCCGGACACAUUGACGCAGUUGGAUCAAGCAAGACGCGAAACACUGUACGCAUUGUACGGGAUCACCUCCCCGGAGGCGGAUUACAUCAUGAAAUCUAACAAUCCGCACGAGACACUGCGCGAGAGUAUCCUUACUCGUAUGAGUGUACGAGAUUUGUGCCGCGCUUAA